AUGACAUCGUUUCCUCUACAAGCAAAUGUUCUCCUUCAGGGUCUGGUCAAGAUGCCAGACCUAAAUGAUAAAAAGGGUGUCGUUAAGGGUCCUCUUGAAAACGGUCGACAUCAAGUUUAUGUUGAAGACAUGUCGAAAACUUUUGCAUUAAAACCAACCAACUUGAAAUAUGAAGGACGAAGUGCAUCAAGCUUAUCCAUCAAGGAAUUGAAAGCCGUCUUGGAGACACAGAAUGGCAGCGAUUCAGGUCUCACAGGUAUUGACAAGUCAGAAUUGCAAUCCAAGGUUACGGACCUUGGAUUUUCAGAAGAAAAGAUUGCCGAAGUCUUAGCUGUAGCAAAUGCACCUUCUCCUCGUUCUGCUGCUAGAGCGGCCGCCACACCAGCUGUGGACCCAACACAAGCAGCAAAUCAAUUGGCAAACAUGUCACCUGAUCAACUUCGCCAACAGGCUAUGGCCAUGAAAUCAAUGGAUCCCAACACUCUUAGACGAGCAAAUCCUCAAUUCGCCAAUCUUUCUGAUUUCCAGAUUAGGCAAGCCGCUGACCAGAUGUUAAUGAUGGCAAACAACCCUGAGAUGCUCAAACAAGCAUCCAGCCAAAUCAAGAACAUGUCUCCAGAAGAAGUUCAACGCAUGCAGAACCAAGUAGCAAACAAUGGGGUACCACCGGCAGAAGGACAGAAAAAAGUAAAAAAGUCAUCCGCGAAAGCAAACAAUGGGCAACCGAUGCACGCCCAAUAUCAAGAAGCUUCCAACAAGAUGGCCAACAUGACCCCUGAAGAAUUGAAGCAACAAGCAAGCAUGAUGAGGAGUAUGGACCCUGAUACCAUUCGAAAACUUAAUCCCCAACUUGCGCACAUGAACGACAAUCAAAUUCGGGAAGCUGCCUCACAGUUUGAAAUGAUGGCUUCCAAUCCAGAGAUGUUCAAGAUGGCAAUGGAUCAAAUGAAAAAUCUGUCUCCCGAAGAAAUGGAAAACUUGCAAAAGGGAAUGCCGGCUGGUGGUGGAACAGGAACUGAUGCUUCUGGUAAUGGUGGGGCAAACGCUGAAAUGUCAGCAGAAAUGCUAAAGAACAUGGACAAGAAGCAAUUGAAAAGUAUGCUAAAUAUGGUCAAGGACAAUCCAGACAUGUUGAAACAAUUCUCUGGCAUGUCGGGAAUGAGCGAAGAUAAAUUGAAAGGCUUUAUCGAUCAAUUCUCACAAAUGGACGAUGACAAAUUGGACUCUGCCGUGUCCAUGAUGCAAAAGGCAGCAGCAGCAAAAGAUCUAUGGUCCAAGGCAGAUAAAAAAACGGGCGGUAACUUGUUGAAAAUUGUCAUUGCAUCCGCUCUACUCUUUACGUUCCUAUUUUUCAAAUGGUUGUUUGGUGGCAGUUCGGCUGUUUCAGAAUCCAAGAUUCUGAACGAAGCUCUGAAUACGAUGGAGGGCGAAGCUGUACCACCGGAUAGUGAACCGGAAAGUGAAUUUUGA